UUCAGUUAGUUUGCUGAGUUCCCAUGGAAACCGAAUACUUGCCAGAGCUGCCCGCUGAGGUUUGAGCACACAGGAUAACAUGACACAUUGGAUAUCUUUCCAGCAUAUGGACUUUGUGAAUCCUUGCCAAAUUCUUGGUCCAGUGAAUCUGUGAUUCACUCCACUGGCUUUAAAUCAUGUCAUCGCCCAAGAAAGAAGCUCAAGGAAAGAGCUUUUCGAGACCUGCCAACGCCCAAAGCAAAAGAGGAAAUAUACUAGACCGCUCAUCAGAUUAUAGUUGUGAUCCUAUAUCCUCUCACGUUCAACAAGUAUCUCAUGAAUAUUGUACACCAUUACCAGCAUUUAAGAAUGAAGCGUCAUCUUUUCCGACCUUUAGAAUCAGGGCACAGUCUCCAUUGCAGAGUGAUCUGUCUGUUGUUAAACUGCCUCAGUUAGUAUCAAAGGUGGGUGUUGAACUGGCACUUAGAGAGUCGGUGUGGAAUGAAGGACCCUGUUUUGUAGCAUCAGCACUAAGUGCUGAUAUACCUGUGAAAUUAUUUAAGCACUCUAGCAUCCAAACAUUCAAUGUCGACGAUGAGAAGCCCGCAGCCAAACAGGAUAAAACUAAAACUAGACGAAAAUGCAAACUCAAACCCAAACCACUCACUGGAGCUGAGGUGGUUGACAUAUUAACCAAGAAAAAACAUCUGGGGGAACAUGAGUUUUACUCUCUGAAGGCUUCUGAAGAUGGCCCUUACAGACCGUAUGACUUGCACGUGGUCCAUCACAGUGCAGUGGGCAAGGAUUACUACAACUUCUCUCCCACAACUGUCAUACAUGUGCAAGACGGCUGCAGCAUUGAGCUGUGGACUCUGGCAGGCUGGUAUCAAGAGUCUCUGUUGUGGGAAGCUAUGAGACACAUACCAUUUUUCAGAGAUUUUCUACUGCGCAAGACUUUCAAAAGAUGGCACAGGAAUGUGCAUAUAGCUUCUGUCAAACAUAGGACGGACUCUCUUCCUUCUCAGCUGCUGAUGGCAGUUCCCCAAUUCAGAGACGCAUUACUACAACUAUCCAGAUUAAUUGAGGAGAUAAAGAAAGUCAGUUGGCUGCCACAAGACAAUUCCAGGACUUACACGCUGCUCGAUUUCCGAACUGCACUGCUGAAAAAGAACCAGGCAGCUCAUGUUUCUUUAAGCAGUUUCCUACAUUGUUAUGCCGCAUUACUGGAUAUGGCGAAAAAGAAAAGUUACCAAGUACAUCAAGAACUCCAGAUGGAAGUGGAGCAUUCAAAGCUUUAUCAGAGCAGUCAGUCACUAAACCUUCAGCUAAGCAACCUCAGAAACCUCCAGAAAGAACUCAGCCAGGCCGAACAAGCCCUUCAGCGUCUGGGUAACCUAUCUGCUCUAGCUGACUGCAUGAUUGUUCAAAACCUUGUCACCAUCUCAAAGCAAGAGGUCAACAGCUUCCUAAACAAUGUUUUGAAGAGAGACCAGGAGCAACAGGGUGCUCUCUUCCACGCAGAGAUUGUAUUUGGAGCAGAUGGUCAGCUCACAGUUUUUCCUCCAUUGCACUCGUUCCAGGAGGUUUUGCUUGAAGCGUCGGUAUCAGUACAAAAUUCUGUCCUUCAGGUGUUUGACUCCUGCAGUUUGUCACGUGAUUCUGAAGUCAGAUUACCCAGCGGUUCUAUGUUCAUCAGUGAUGCUCAAUACCUCACUGCAGGUACCGGCAGAGCAUGUACCGGCAGGAACACUGAAACUGCAGUAGCAGGUGCUGGCAGUUUUUUUCCCCAAAAGGAGCCUAAAAUGUCACCCCAAACCAUCAUGCCCGUCAAAAUGAAGCCCCUCAGAGUUCAGGCUCAAAGAGUGAGAGGCCAUUAUCACGCUCUGCCCCGGAGACUGAUAGAAUGGCAUUUCAAAGUCCACACUGGCACACAAGUAAUCCAGAACGAGCAGGCCAGAAUAACACAGGAAGCUAUUAUGGAGGUAAACCAACUGUGUAAGUGCCAUUCUUGGUUGAUAGAUGUGCAUUUGUUCACUAACCAAUGGGGUUCAACAUCUCUGGAGGCUCUCCGAGGAUGCUCCUCUCAAAAAUAUGAGGAGCUUAUUAAGAAACUUCAUUUUUGGAUGGAUAGAGUUCACAGCAUGCCAUCAUCCUUUACUACAUCAAAUAAGUUGUUCGCUGUUAAGAUCUUCAACAUCCUAGAGGAAAUGGGUUCCACGAUUAACACUAUUGAUAAGGAUGUGCAAAAGCUACUUUGUGAAGAUUUGCAGUCCCGCUCUGACAACUUGACAUCUGAGCUGACAGAAGCUGUGGAAGUCAUGAAGUCCGAGCCAAACACCUUUGACAGUUUCACAGCUUUUUCAAAAGUGGUAAAGCACAGUGUGAACAUGUCAGAUGAUUUAAAGAAGAGGCUAGAAGACCUCCUCUCUCUGCAGGAGACUCAACAAAGAAAUUAUACAUACAUGGCUCCAGAUGGGGGUUUCUUAAUGAAGCAGAUAACUGACUUGUGGAAUCAGUUUCUUCCACUUUUGAAACGGGCUGCAGAUAUUGUUUUUCACCAGCUUCCUUCAAUGGUUAAUACACUGGACAGCAACUUCUCAACUUUGACAAACAAAUUAGAGCACCUGGUUUCAAGAGCUUCAUCUGAGCCCUAUCUUGACCCUGAUCAGAAUCCAAAGGAAAUGAUUAUCCAGCUCAAUGCAUUGUGCAGCCAAUUCUAUGUGAUUGCUGGAGAGCUUGAUAAUCAGAGCAGAGCCAGUGAAACCAUAAGGGGACACCUACUGGAUCUUACUUUUGUGACUGAAGCCCAGCACAAGAUAGAAGCCAGAAGAGAACUCUGGGAGCUGAUGAGGGUAUCCUCAACACAAAUCCAGGAGUGGAAGCUUGGAAAGUUUAGAAAGUUUGUGGUGGCUAAAGCUCAAGAGAAGAUUAGUGAAUGGCUUCAUCGGGCAGAAGCAUUCGCAAGAGUUAUUCCUUCCCAUGAUGCUGUGCUACAGAACACUCUACAGAUCUUGCAGGGGUUCAGCAAGCUCAUCCCUGUAUUGAGUAAACUAACCAGCCUCAUGUUGAAUCAGAAGCACUGGAGAAACAUCUCAAAGGAAAUCGGCCUGCUGUAUGAUCCAAGGAAAUUAACAUUGGGCGAGCUAAUGUCCAAAGAGCUACAGGAGAAUCAAAAUCGAAUCAACAAGAUCUAUAUGGAGGCCAAAGCCGAGGCAGAUAUGAAACAGACAUUUAAAGCACUUCAGAUCCAUUGGAAAGGAGCCGUUUUCCGCCAUACCAGAUUCAUUAUUGUUGUGCCGCAACAGCAGAGUCCACAACAAGGAGAUGCAAAAGAGAAAAAUACUUCCCAUUCCUCUGUCUCACGCCUCAGUGCACCAAAGCAUCACAUUAAAGAUGGUGAAACCUUCACGAUUCUUGGUUUAAAGAGUACUUUGGCUCAGGUCAAAGAAAGUGUUCUGAACGUUUCUGACAUCCUACGUUCUCCGAAAAUUGGUGAUCUGCAGCAAGAGGUUCAGCACUGGCUGUCGCUUUUACUGGAGAUGGAUAAACUGCUUGAUAUUUUUGAGAGAUUUCAGCAAAAAUGGAUCUUCUUAAGUAAAACAUUCACUGAAACAUCUGCCAUUACUGAACAAUAUGAGCUGCAAGAGAAGUUUCACCCAGUGGAUAAGAUGUUUCGAGACAUCAUCAGGAUCACAGUUAAGGACCCUCAUGUAUUAAGCUUUCUUCAACUGAAUUUGACAACAGAGGCCAGUCAUGGAUUCCAGGGGCAAAGCCUAUUUACUGUAUUAAUAAACGGACUCACAACAAUGGAGGAGAUUUCCAGUCAGUUACUUUUUGUCAUAGAGUCAGCACGAAGCCAGUUCCCCAGACUUUACUUUCUAAGUGAUGAAGAGGUGAUGCAACUUCUCUCCUCACAACUCCCAGUACAUUCUUCCCUUUUACCAUUGGUUCAGAAAUGCUUCAGGGGAGUGAGGCAGCUUGAUGUUCAUGGUGAGCGUGAUGUAAGCCAUGACUUGACAGACCUAAGUAAUGAGCAGGUGUUUGUGCGAGGUAUUUAUGGAACCUUUAGGGAGCACGUUCCCUUCUAUUGCCAUCUUGAGCCAAACCUAAACCCUGUGGCUUGGCUAAGUCUCUUUGAGGAGAAGUUACAUCAAGCGAUGAAAUUGAUGAUUCUGAAAUGCACAGAUGUCCAGCAGUGUUCAAAUCUAGAAGAAUGUGAGGACACUUCUGUUUUGAUUGGGAAUUAUAGGAUGAAGGAUUUUGAGGUAGCCAAUAAACCUUCACUCCUAGAGCUAAUAUCUCUGUAUCCUCUUCAGUGUCUUAUGGUGGCGGAGGAGGUUUUGUGGUGUACUAUGAUCCAGAAGUCGUUUUAUGGCCCAAAUUCUGCCAAGCUGGCACCAGUCAAAUCUCGAAAUACUUUAAAACUGCAGCAUUUAUGUCAUCAAUUGAAAGCCCACCUUGCAAAUUCAAAUGAAGACUCCUUAGCAUCCCAACGCAUCAUAAAUGCUCUGCGGGCUUUGGUAAUGCUCACCAUGAAGCACUCCCAGCAAACCGAUAGGCUUGUUGAAGUAAAAGUAGACUUGGAUUCUUCUUUUGAAUGGCACAAGCUUAUGAAAUAUUUCCUUAGCCCAAGUUCUAAUGUCAAUCAAGAUGUCUUACUUCCACCCCAGGAGGAUUCAGCCUGUGUGAACAAGAAUGUCUAUGUUGACAUUUUAUGCAGACAGCUUCCAUAUGGCUAUGAAUACAUAAGCCCUGAAAACUGGAUGAUGGUAACAACCCCCUCAACUGAUAAAGCAUAUAUGGGAAUUAUCCUUGCUCUGUCAAGCUAUAAAUGUGCUUUCAUCAGUGGACCCCACAUGUCGGGCAAGAAACACGUUGCGGUGCAGUUAGGAUUUGCUUUGGGGCGACAUGUGGAAAACAUGAAGUGUUGCUCAAGCACAGGUUCCUCAAUUGUUUCCCAAAUGCUUCUCGGGGCUCUUCAAAGUGGAGCUUGGCUAGUGUUUGAUUCUGUAAAUUUGAUGGAACAAGGGACACUGUCUGAGUUGGGACAGCACCUAACAGAUAUUCAUCAACAUCUAUCCGUAGUUCAAAAUGCUAAACUCAGUCAAUCAGAAACAAUCCAAAAGCAGAGCAAUAUAGCGAAUGAGGUGCAAUGUCUUAUCGCAGGGAAAAAUAUUUUGGCCAAGUUAAGUUAUGGAUGCAUCACAAUUGCGUCAAAAGGGUACUCAACGGAGAUACCAGAGAACCUGAGGGUUGCUGUCAGACCUGUAUCGUUGGUACAACCACACUACAAGAUGAUUGCAGAAGUGAUUUUGGUUUCAUUAGGAUUCUCUGAAGCAGCUACCCUUAGUCGACGUCUUGUCUCUCUACUUAGCUUAGCUAAGGAUUCACAUUGUCUUCCUGAUUUUUUCAAUGGUCAUCAGACCUCUUGGCUUGUCCUUCUCAAGAAGGUGCUUGCUGCAUCUGGUACACAAAUGCAUCAUGAAUGUCGUUUGAGAGAAACCAACACAUUUAAGUCUGUCAGUCAGGCUACUGCAAUUAUAAAUGAAGAGUUGGAGGAACAGGCAUCAAUCAAAGGAGUUCUUUCAGUCAUGCAAAAUACAGUCUAUGAUCCAAAGAGAGCAUUACAGUUUCGUACAAUAUUUGAGGAGAUCUUUCCAAAGGCUAAGUACUUUACAGGUCUGCAACAGCUCAUUGAUAAGAAAGAUCUAAACAUCCUUAAAAACGAAGUGAAAGAAGACUUGCAGGAAAGAGGAUUUCCUGCAGAUGAUGUAAUACUUCAGAACGUGUUAAUCUUGUAUCAAGCUUUGAUGUUCUCUAAUGUCGUAUUUCUAGUAGGAGCGGCAGGCAGUGGCAAAACAACUUUGUAUCAAGCUCUUGCGAAUGCACUUCAAAACCUUUCUAAGGCUGUAAAGGUUGAAUCUGAUGAUCAUAAAGGUACAGACGUCCAACAUGUGGAUGUUGGAUGUCUGUUAGCACAGAAGUUUUGUUCCCAAAUAUUGUCCCACAAAGAGUUUUUUGGUGGUUACUGUGACCAGAACAACUCCUGGUUUGAUGGAGCUUUCACCAAAGCAUUAAGGCACACAGAACAUCCAUCAGCUAUUCCCGUUUCUAGGAGCAAACUGAAAAAUGUCCAAAUGCACAGCGUUAGAUGGAUCGUGCUAGAUGGUGAUCCACAAGGCAAGCCUGCUUGGUUUGACUCUUUGAGUACUCUUUGCAAUCUGGAAAAUCCCUAUCUGUGCCUUUCAUCGAGAGAGAAAUUUCAACUAUCCAGAGGCAAACUGAAAAUACUAUCUGAGAUCACUGACCUUAGUGAUUCAAGUCCUUCUAUAGUGACACAAGGCAAUCUAGUGUAUGUUUCAGGAGAGAAUCUGUGGAAGGCUGUGUUAAAGAGUAAAAUGGAUGUGCUCGCAAGUAAACAUAAUGUGGAUCGGAUUACUCUGAUGAUGUGGGAUCACCUGGCUAAAGACCUUUUCCCAGACACUCUCAUGUUUCUUAGGAACAAGGAGCUUUUUUCAGUGAUGGCAAGUAUUGGAAGUGAAGGCAGGCCAUCCUCCAGGAUAACAGAUGGUUUGAAGGAAGUGAUGUCAUUAAUUAGAAUUCUUCACGCUCUUCUAGAGCAUUUUGCAAAGGAAGGAGGCUUAAAAUGUCCCUCAAGCCAAUCUGAAACAACAGAAGGUAACACAGUUCUCAAGCCACGCUCUUUUGAUGCCAUGGCUCCCUCUGCUCAGUGGGGUGUGCAAGCAAGAAACCUUUUCCUUGUGGCUUACAUUUGGGGAUUUGGAGGUCAGUUACACCCCAGACACUGGCCUCAGUUUGAUCUUUUUGCACGAGAGGUCUUAUGUAAAUGUCACUGCAAAGUUGAGACACCACCUGAUGGCACAGUGUUUGAGCACUUCUUUGAAUUUGGUGAUGACAUGGGAGACACAACCAAUUUCAUCAAUUGGAACAAACAAAAGACUCCACAGCUCUUUACAUCUGUAUCUCAGUAUGAAAGGCAUGCAUAUAUCCUGGACAUGCUACUGGAUGCUCAUCAGCCAACACUUCUUGUGGGAGAAUCUGGCUCUGGCAAGACAAUGUUAUGCAAGUCUUUAAUAUCACGAACAAGACCACACUUGCAUUUACCAGCUGGUCCAGGUCUUCGACCUUCUGACUUGCACAAGGUGCUUGAGAGAGGGAGAUACCAGAACUCUCAACGGAGUAACAUGAAAGAUGCCGUAAAGAAACAAGAUUUCCUUAUGUUCAUUGAUGACCUUCAUGAAGCACCAUUUGAUGUAAGUGCGGUGUUGCGUCAGAGUAUUUCAAGAGGUGAAAUGUUGACUACUGACGGCACCCACUUUGAGCAGUUUCAAUCAAAAGCUAUUGAUUAUCUAAGCACUUGCAGCGUUCCUCAUUUAGGCACUCGCAAUCACAUUUCUCCACGUCUCUUUCGACUGUUUACCCUCUUGGCUCUCCCAAGCAUGUCUUUGGAAAUUUUGUUUUCUGUGCAUUCUCCAAAAUUGCAACAAUGGCUGAAAGCAAUACAGCCCAUGCAAAGAGUUGAAGAUAUGGCAAACUGCAUCAUCACUUCAACUGUUGAUGUAUACUUUGCUGCGCAUGAACAUUUCUCUACUGCUUUGAACUGUCGAAGUACCAUGUAUUGUUUGCAUGAUAUUCAUAAAGUGUUUCAAGGAAUGUAUCUCUGGUGGCCAAGACUUGAUGCCCCAAAGAAUAUUCAGAGUGGCCAAGGUGUUAGCACAUUACUUCCAGGUAUAGUCAAUGAGCUUAACAUCUUCCGCCUGUGGAUGCACGAGUGUUUGCGGACCUUUGGUGAUCGCCUACCUUCAAAUGAGGCAUGUCAAGAACUUAUUUCACUUAUGGCUGAAGUUUCUGAGAGGAAUUUUGGAACCAGAUUGUGUCACGAAUUCCAAACACCAGCAGAUAUAUCCAACCCUACAGGUGAAUCACCUGCUACGAGCAUAUGUAAUCUGAAACAACAAGUGCUUUCAAACCCUUUUCAUGAAGAAGACAGUGAACUUGACACAAGAGAUAUUCAGUCAGAACUGACAGAAGAGAGCCAUGCUUUAGAAAGCGGCUUUAGCUUACGUACCUCAGGUGAUGAAAAUGACGAAUCAGCGACCUUAGACUAUAAAUCUGAAUCUGCAGUUGCACCCUCCACAAGUUGUCCACCUCAGCAAGAGAUAUUCACUCAACAUCUCCCUUCAACAAGUUGUGAAAAGUUCACGCCAAGAAUGAUUAUUCAACUUCUGCAAGAUAUAGCUUCUUCCAUUCAUAACGUUGUCUUCGGUCCAGACUUUUGUGGGCCAUUGAACAAAGUCCUUCAUGAUUUUAAGCGCAACGCUGUUUAUCAAGAGAGUGAUGCUGAUGAGCUGGUAAACCAUUUACUAUGUGUUAUUAAAUACAGAGAGGAACAGUUUGAAAACAGUUACUACAUCCCCAGAAUGAUUGUGCAUCAUCAGAAUGUCUAUCAGCUUGUGCAUAUCCUUAGAGCGUUUUUCAUUCCUGGUGGACAUGGAGCUCUGUUUGGAGCAGCAAGAAAAACAGGAAGAAAGACCAUGGUGCGUCUAGCAUCCAGUCUACUAGGAUGCCAACUUAUUGAGCUUCAUCCCGGAAAUGAGAACAAGUUGAAGGAAAUAUUAAAAGAGAUUGGAAGUCAAAUUGGGGUGGAUGGAAAAAAAUUGGCUAUAAUGGUUCAUGAGGAUACCAGUCAGGCUGUUAAGAAUGGACUGCUGUUGAUGAUGGCAAAUGGAAACGUACCUGGACUUUACUCAGAUCAGGAAUUGAAGAACUUGAUUCUCAAGAUGAAAACUUGGAUGAAGAACACACAAUUUCAGUGGAACGAGGAUGAGGCUCUUGAGAUGCAUUUCAAAACCAUCCGAACCAAUAUGCAUGUAUUUCUGCUGUAUCCUCUCCUCUUGGACAACAAAGAAACACAACCUGAAAAAUCAUCAGCUUUACAGACGCACAUCUCUAAGGCUUUGAGUCUCUGUUGUUGUGUAGAAGUUUACCGACCAUGGUCAUCUGAGGCUUUGGUUGAAAGUGCCUUGUAUCAUUUAAAGGACAAUCAUCAUGUACCUGAGUUAAAAAAUGCAGUUGCCAAGACGGAUAACUUACUGGCCAGCGUUUCCCAGAUGAUGGCAGAAAUACAUCAAUCGGCUGUGAAAUAUGCUGUCACACGUCUUAAUUUUCAACCAUUUAGCCCCCAGUCCUAUAAAGAGCUGAUGAUUCAAUACUUUUAUCUCUGCCGUCAUUUAUUUGAGCAAAACAGAGUCCAGGAGAAGCGGUUGGCAAAGGUUUUAGCAAGUGUUAAUGGCAUGACAGACACAGCAGAAAGACACACUCAGGAAGUUUUGAGUUUAAGAGCCAGAUAUGAUGAAAAACAGAAGUUUCUAGAGGAGCUGCAGGACUCUUUGGACUCUGCACGCAAAAUCUGGGAAGAAACCAGCCACCAGAGUUUGCUAGAAGAGAAUCAGCUUUCCCAGCUAGAGAAGCAAUCAGGUCAACUUCAGCAGCAAGUUCAUGAUGCUUUUAAACAGGUUAGCCCUCAGUUCCAGGCAGCUGUGGAAGCUCUACAAUCUUUGAGUCACUCUGACCUGGAUGAGGUGCGUCACUACAGGACGCCCCCUGAAGGAGUCGUCGCAGUCAUGGAUAUUAUAUGCAUGUUAUUCAACCGCUCACGUGGUUGGGAAAAUAGCAGGCAACUUUUAAUGCAGUCAAGUUUCUUUGAGGAACUGGAGUUUUUUGACUGCUCUACAUUAAGUGCUGAGAUGAUUAAAACAUUGGGGCAAAUCGUGCAGGCACCUAGCUUUCAACCAAGCUUUGUGCGAGAUCUAAGUCGUGCUUGUGAGUCUUUGUGUUGCUGGUUAAGAGCUGUCUACCAGUAUGCUUGUGUACAGCACCGCAUGGCCCCUCAGAUGGCUCGAAAGCAAGACUUAGAUGAGCUCAUGGUUGAAAGUCGAGCAAGAUUGAGGGUUUCUAGGCUGCAAGAGAUGUCAGAGCAUGACAGACUACAAGAGCUGGAAAAGCAGUUAGAGCUUAACAGACAAGACAUGAUGUUGCUAAAGCUUGAGCUUAGCACAGCAGAAGAACAUGAGAGGGAGACAUCAGCUACUCUCAAACUGAUAGAACGUCACAUUGAAGACUGGAAUUCAGCAGAAAAGGAAGUAGAUUUGGACAGACAGAACAUUCCAGGCGAUGCACUAAUUUUGGCAGCUACUAUAACAUACUUGGGUCCAUUUAGGCCUGAGGUUCGACAGCAACUGCUGCAAAAAUGGCACAAACUUUGUCUGACUGGUGUCCUACAUGAUGUUAACCUCACAACCUCUACAUGUUUGCCCAUUCCUGUGAAUAAGGAAUAUCAAAUAUCAUUGAAUCGAGUGCUUGGGCUGGAUCUGCGUCUCACUCCUGGAGAUUACUCUGAUCUUGUUCGAAGUGUUGUAUCAUGGGGACACAGAGUUGGGCGGGUUCAGCGCUGGCCCCUGUCGGCAGAUGUACAUCAACAUGAGUUAAUGAACUCUCAGACAUUGUUUCCUACAGGAGGUAAAGAGGAAUGCCAUAGGGAGGAAAAAUAUGGACUUGUAGUUUCUGCCGAUGAUCCAGAGUUACUUGAUAAACUAAAUCACGCAGCAGAAGAAGGUCUAGGUGUACUGGUGACACAUAUUGAACGAGCAAUCGCAAACAUAAAGAUUCUUCAGCCGUUUGUUCAAACAGCAGCUUCUGUUUUUUUCAGUCAGAGCCGCUCAGUCCAAGCUGCUCAUCCUGACUUUCGUCUCUUUAUGAGCACUCCCCUCCCAGUUCCAGCUCUGAUAAAUGAAAUUCACCAUUCAUUUUUGGAUGAGGUUCAAAUAAUCAAUCUGUCUUUGAGUCCAAGUGAAGUUAAAGACCUUAUUCUCACAGAACUGAUGAAGUCAGAGUGCUCUGAAGUGUGGACACUGCACUGCCAAAUGCACACAGAAAAACGGACACUUCAACACAAGCUUUCUCAGAACGAGGUUUCCUUGAUGGAGUAUGUCGUGCGGUCCUCCACACCGCUGCUCCAGGAUAAUGAGUUCCUCCCUCAUGUGCUCGCAUGUCAAAGUGUUUCUCUUAAACUUGAAGCAAAAAUCAAGGAGUUGUCCCAAGAGAUAGAUCAUCACAAUUCCCUGAUAGGUGAAUUUCAUAGAGUAGCAGACCUCACCACAGCCCUUUACAACGCUCUGCAGGACGUGGCCCAACUUUCCCCUUGUUAUCUUUUCACUUUACCCCAUUUCCUCUUGACUUUACGUCCGGCCUUAAUAGAGGGGAGCCCAGACGUGAGCAUUCAUGGACCCACAGCAGUCAAAGCUGACAUUACCAACAGAAUUGUGUCUCAUUUGAUUUCUCAGUAUAAACGCUGCUUGUUUCAGAGCCAUGCAAAAUUAUUCAGAUUAUUGGUAUCUGUUGCGCUUAUUGUGCACAGUGAGGGCUGUUCUGAAGCUGAACAAGAUAUUUUCCUCAGAGGAUUAAGCAAAGAACAUUUUUUAUCGCCCUCCACACAGUCUGUCCCCGAGCUGCCGAGCUGGGUUCCAACACAAGUUCAGGCUGAUGUCUAUCUAUUAGAGACAAUUGCACCCUUCGGGGGUCUAGUAUCGUCUCUGAUCGGUACAUCCAAGCUGUGGCAGGAGUAUCUGCACUUUCCUUCAUCCACUGUCAUUGGACCCGUCCCUUGUCAAUCUCACUCGCAUUUGUCCACCAUGCAGCGUGCCAUUCUCUGGAAGACGCUGUGUCCAAAUUGGCUAGCGGCUGUGGAAGAAGAUCUUGCAGCUUGUACGCAAAGUCAUUUGCAUCCAGUUGUUGCCACAGGCCUCCCAAUGGGCUGUCCAGAAGAGCUCUCCCAACUUUUGUCCAAAAAUGUAGGUCCUGUAGUUGUGGAACUGCCGAACAAAAAUGAAGAAGCGCAUAUGAGUGUACAUCCUCUCUACUUGAUUCAAAAGGCUGCUCGAUACCAAUCACACAAGAAGGGGGUGGAAGUCAAUGUCAUUUCUUUUGGAUCUGUUUGCCAUCGAGAUGCUGUUCUCCCUGCACUGGACACUGCUGUGCAGAAUGGACAUUGGCUUGUCCUGAACAACUGUCAUCUUCUUGACUGUUGGGAUGUCAGAGUUGUUGAUAAGUUAACACAGAUAGUGUCUUCCAAAGUGCAUGUGACCGAUGUGGAGACAAAUGGACCUUUUUUAAAAAGUGUAAGUGCAGGAAAGACUGUGCAUCCCAAUUUUAGACUGUGGCUCAUCACUAAAGGUGACAAGCCUCACUCAGUCCCUGCUGCUGUUAGGAUCAGUGCCCUGCACUUGGUGUGUGAUUCCUCCUGGGACCUGAAGGAUGUCUUGUGGUCCUCAGUGAGACUGGCGCUGUCUGCAUCAGACACUUUCUCCUCUCCUGCGCAUACUGAAUCCACAGCGAGAUCUCUUCAGCAGUGUGCCGUCCUCCACUCAGUCCUGCUGCAGAGACAAGCAUUCAGACACCUGGGUCAAGGGCAACUUUACCUCUGGACUCAAGAAGAUCUACUUGCAAUGAUUGAUGCACAUGACCGGAUACGCAAACACUGCAGUGAGACAGCUGAAGCAUUAGAGUACAUAGCAGGUCAUCUAGUGUAUGGUGGACAUGUGUCAGACCUUGCUGAUCUAGCUGCUGUGCAAAGUGUUGUAACGGUGUGUCUCAGACAGACAUCUGCAUCAUGGGGGCGUGGUCCUCACAAUCUUGUGGAAAUUAUAAGCUGUACAGGAAAUUUUGAACCUGGGUCCCUAUUGAAGAGCUUGAGUCAUCGUAUUCAACGUAUUACUGACUGCACUGACCCAAUAAUUCUGGGUUUCAGUCCAGACAUGGCAGGUAAAUUGAUGAAGCUAAAAAGUCAGACCCUGAACAUUCUACAGCAUCAGUCACAGAUCAUCUAUACAGAUAUCAGAGAAGACACCAGGAUUUUAAUGCAAUCACAAGAACUUCCAGAAUACAAGCAAGCUUGGGAAAGGUUACUAACAUUGCAAGACAAGUUAAGACAGAAGAUAACGGACAUCGGUGUGGAAAUGGGAUCUGCAUAUCUAAGUCACUUGAGUCAGUUUCUCCAAACAGAAUGGCAGUUUCUGUAUAAACUGGUGUCGUUCGUGCUUUGCGACAAUUUUCAGCCGGCAAAAUAUAACGUGACAAACUCCACUCCAGUCAAUGUCACAUCAGCAGCUCUCUCACGUCUUGAGAGUCGAGCAGAUCUUCUCGGAUCAUACUCGUGGGAGGAGUCAAGCAGACCUCAUGCUUAUCAACUGUCUGCCUUUCUGAAUCCUCAAGGCUUUCUGGUAGCUCUAAUCAGAGAUGUAGCCAGCAUCCAAAAGAAAGAUAUCAGCAUUCUCUCUUUGCAUUUCAAGGUGCUUAAAGAUACAUCAUCGCCAUCCUCUCCAUCCCAAAAUGGUGUAUGCCUUUGUGGACUGCAGCUGCAAGGGGCGCUUUGGGAUCCGGGAUCUGGAGUUCUUAAAGAAACUUUCUCCCCCAAACCUUCCUAUUUCCCACCCCUCUGGGUUUGGGUUGAAGAGAUGAUGGAUGAUGAGAGGUCAAUUUCCUCCACCUAUCCUCUCUAUUCCUGCCCACUGUAUGUAGAUGCAGAUGCAGAUGGAUAUCAGCGUCUCUCUGCUGAUAACAUUAUCACUCAUGUUCCACUUUCAACAAGGUUAGAUCCUGUGCUCUGCACUAUGAGACGGGUUCGGUUAACUAGUACUCUUGUACAACUCCAACAGUGAUGAAUGGGUCAACAUACUGUGUAGUUCAAUUAUAGCUAAAUCUCACAGAAAUGUGAUCAUCUCUGCGGUUUUAUCAUUCCUUCCUGUUAUUUUCAUGCAUGUUAAAAUGAAGAAGUCCAUUAAAUCCUGUACGUCCAUGCACAAUGUGUCAGAACAUUCAUUCAAAAAUAAAAAUAACAGAGAAAGGUUAAAAAGUCGUGUUGGCUCAUCAUCUCAUCUGGACACUGAUACUUGUGUGCUUAAGUGUCAUUGGAUCAGUAUCCUCCUACCUCCAUAAUCACCUGCAUGUGUGUGCGUGAACCUCAUGAAAAUGUGUGAAAAAUAGG